AUGUUUGGCAGCGAAGGAGCACGGAGGGCGGCAGCGGCCGGGCGGCACAGCCCCGACCCCCUCACAGGCACCCCGCGCUGCCGCCGGCACGACCCGGCACCGGGCGGGAGGCAGCGCGGCGCUCCCACCGCGCCCAGCCGGCAGAACAGCACAGCAGCCCCCGGCCGGGCACACUGCGGACACUUCCCGCUCCCCCCGGCCGGGCACACUCCGGACAUUUCCCGCUCCCCCCGGCCGGGCACACUCACCGCUGGCCGCCGUCCCUCAGGGCGCCGCUCCCGCUCUCUCGCCGCCUCUCGGCGUUUGAAAGGCGCAACGCGGGGGGAGCGGCUGGGCCAGCGGCGCGAUCGCCGGGCCCCGCCCACUCGGCAGAACAACCAAUCGGCGCCCAGCCCCGGCGCCCAGAGGCGCGGCGAUUGGCGGGAGCGCCCUCCGCGCGGGCAGCGCCCCCUGCCGGCCGCGCGGCCCCCGGCAGCAGGUGCCGCCCGCGGCGCUGCGGGCCCGGCCGCGGGGGAGCCGCGGCUGCGGGGUCGCGUCCGCACCUCGCGGGGCGCGCCGCUUCGGCCCACAGGGCACCGAUGGGCGUCCCGCUCCCGCUGCUGUGGCAGCCCAAGCCCUCAGCGAAGGCUCCUCCUGCGUCCGCUGCAUCCCCGAGCGCUGGAGCAGCGGGGAACGGCGGAGGCAGCGGGGCAGGUGCGCGGGCCGCGUCUCACCGGGGCCUGA